UUACGAUUAACGCAAUUUAAUUACGAAAGCACGAGGUUAAUUACACGCUUAAAGAGUCAGUUUGCCAUGUUUAAUAAGAUGAAGGGAUACACAGCAUGUUUGUUUGUAUUUAUCACAAACUUUAUACUUGUGCGAGGGGUUCGUUUAAAUCACAAGGUCUGUGGGAAUGGUUUCUACAAUCCCGACCACGAAACAUGUUGUGAUGGUGCUAUCUCAAGCCCAGCAGGUUGGCCUUGUUGUGGACUUUCAACAUAUAAUGCCGCCCUUCAAGUAUGUUGUGAUAACACGCCGUAUCCCAAUAGCGUAGGAUCUGCCUGUUGUAAGAAUAAGCCGUAUGACCCACAAACUCAAACCUGUUGUGUGGAUACAUUAUAUCCAACACCCAACGCCAAAUGUUGCGACAAAAAACUCAUCGAUCCAACAACUGAAAUAUGUUGUAACAAAAAAAUUGCCGACAGGCCAACACCUUAUCACAAAUGUUGUGACAUUGAAACGUAUCACCCACUUCUAGAAACGUGUUGUGAAGAUACCCUUCAUACUCCGGGGGAUUUGUCAUGUUGUAAAAAUGAAGCUUAUGAUCCAAGAGAACACAGUUGUUGUAAUGGUGUCAUAAUUAGUCCAGGAGGACUGAAAUGUUGUGGUCCUAUUCCGUAUGAUCCAAACUUACAAUCAUGCUGCUACGGCAUAGUACGGAAAAAAUCGGCAGAAGGAGGAAAACCAUGCUGCGGGGCGACAGAUUACAAUCCUAAAACGCAUACCUGUUGCAAUGGAAUGUUGUUUACUGGAAUAAAUUCAUCGUGUUGUGGCAACAGAACAUAUAAACCUGAUACUGAAUGUUGCGAAGGACAGAACAAACAUGGACUGGAUUGUUGCAUGGAUAAAGCGUAUUCUAAAACUACUCAAACGUGCUGUGGAGGUACAGUACAUAAAGGAGCUGGGUUGCAUUGUUGUGUGAAGAAGGCUUAUGAUCCAGCAACUGAAUGUUGCAAUGGGGUGAAUAAAGUAGGUCUUAUGUGCUGUGGCAAUAAAGCGUAUAGUAAUUUGACAAGUUCCUGCUGCAAAGGUAUCCUACAUGAUGGGCCUAAUAUGUCUUGUUGUGGACCAUUUCCAUAUAACCCAAAGACUGAAUGUUGCAAGAAUAAAUCGGCGUCAGGUCUUCCAUGUUGUGGAGAUAAACCAUACAACAAUACACUGGAAACAUGUUGCCAUGGUGUUUUGAGUAGUCCUGCUGGAAAUGGAUGUUGUGGAAAAGAAGGUUACAAUCCAAAAGAAUCCUUAUGUUGCCAUGGACAAGUUGUGUCGAAGCAAGCACACGUUUUUGGUAUCUGUAUAGACAAAUCAAAACAACAAGGCAUCACACCAAAACCUAUAGGCUCUACACCAAAACCUAUAGCUACAGGCUUCACACCAAAACCUAUAGCUACAGCCUUCACACCAAAACCUAAUAGCUUCAUACCAAAACCUAUAGCUACAGGCUUCACACCAAAAGCUUCAGUCAUCAAGCCAAUGAAUGUACGAAACAGUUUUUCUGUGUUAAGAAUUUUUCUGAGAAAAUGUCGGUACCUCAACCAGUGGAUAUACAUGUAGUUGAAGAUGAUUCGUUAAUCAAUUUGAGCCGAUAUGAAAAAAGGAAAGUUGUUGAGGAGUAUCAUAUCAAGUGUCUUAAGCAAGAACACAUACAACUGAAAAAUGAGAACAUAAAAUUUUGCUGAGAGAAACUGAUCUGAUCAAGGAAAAGGGAGCCCUCACUGUUUUGAAGAAGAAAAUCAUUAAACUGCAGUUGAAAAAGAUGAGAAAGAGAUGAAUGAAUGUUAAAAUAAUUUAUGCGUACAAUAUUAUAUUUAUUUAUAAUUAUUACAUGAAAAAAAUGAGACAAGAAAUGCAUGUAUGUGUACAACAUUGUAUUUAUUCAUUAAUUACAUGAAAUAAAAUGAGACCAAUGAAGUGAUUUCAUUUAUAUUCUAAG